AUGUAUAAGCCGACACUUUCAGAAAAAGUAGACGAUUCAAGACCGGACAUUUACCAACCCGUACCUCUCGAGCCAGACGUCAGUGUCACACCACCACUGGUUACAGACUUACCACACACAGAGAAAAAUGACCGUCAGAGAAUUCAGCAUGCGCGUCUGGGGAUAAAAGAUGUCUUUGCCAAAUUGUGGCUGUGGGAGAUUGUCUCAUGCAUCUUCAGUUUAGUCUGCUUGGCUGCGAUCGUAAUCGUUCUCAAGUACGAAGACGGGAGACAAUUGGACCAGUGGAGCCUGGAAAUCUCACCAACUGCCGUAAUUUCGUUUUUGGCUACGCUCGCAAAGGCAUCAUUCAUGCUGGCAAUCACUGAGAUCCUAGGCCAACUCAAAUGGCUUCAUUUCAAUGGCCAGCCCAGGCGUCUCGCCGAUCUCAGUGUCUUUGACAGAGCGAGCCGGGGGCCCUGGGGCGGAUUUGUCUUGAUUCUACGCCAACAUAGACAUUCCCUUCUUGCUUGCUUUGCAGCGCUGAUAACCAUUGCGGGGCUGCUGAUGGAUCCAUUUGUGCAACUUGUUUUCAGCUUUCCUUCCCAGCUCGUGGAAGAUACAGGGCUGUUAUCAACAUUCAGUGCAGCUCGCAAUUACACGCCAUCCAACUACCGUGGCGUUCCGGGGUUUGCAUUGUUGGGAAACAUUGAUCCGGCAAUGAACGCAGCCAUCAUGCAGGGCAUAUACCUGGAUAGCAUUCAACCGAGCCUAACCUGCCCAUCCGGGAACUGCACAUGGACCGACAUUCACACACUUGGAGUCUGCUCGUCGUGCCAGGACAUCACGUCUAAACUAACCCGAAAUUGCACCAAUUCGCAGUUUGUCGAUUUCCUGGAGACCGUCAGUCCCGGCAUAUCUCAGUGUGACUUCAAAACACCACACAACCAGACUCUCAUGACUGUAUUUGCCACGGUUACCGGUGCACAGGGAAUAUUCGGCACACAGUGGAAUGCCAGCGCUUUAUUUACUAACGCGGAGGCGACUGACGCUCCAGCGACUCUCAUCAGCUUUGAAGCAGUUCAGGCACUGACAAUGCCCAAUUCAACCAGCGUCAAUGAUCUGAGAGAUCUGCCUGUAGCGGGAUGGUCCUGUACGCUUAGCCUCUGUGCAAAGACGUAUCCCUUUAUCAACGUCACGAAUGGUGUGAUAAAUGUGACAGCGCCCGAAGAAGACAGCCUGUUGUUUGCAAACACAGUCCCACCUUACUUAACUCUGUAUAGCAAUACUUCCAGUGCCGUGGGUAACUACUCAUUCCAAGAGGUCGACUUCGAGAACCUCAAUAGCUAUCUGUCAGUAUUAUUCUCCACUGGAUUUUUCAGUGAAGGCAUCAACACGAUAAAUACGAAUGCCUUGGUGUAUCUCGACAACGCGCCCGAGGCACCACCGGUGGGCUCACGUCUAGGCCUUGAAGUAGACAUAGACGCAGCUAUGAACAGACUGGCCUCUAGUAUGACGGAGCCUAUCCGAUCGAGUCAGAACAGCACGGCAAAUGCAGGCCAGACAUUGGUAGAAAAGACAUUUAUUCACGUCAGCUGGGGCUGGUUGGCGCUGCCUAUCGCCCUCGCCGUGCUGUCGUUUGUUCUAGUCAUUGCAGCUAUUGCCGUUACGCGGCAGAGCGGAGUGGAAGUGUGGAAAAACGAAGUACUGCCCUUGCUCUUUGCACAAAUGAGAGGCUUCGAGGCAGAGGAAAUCGAUAUCGGUGGCGCCAGUGGAAAUCGGAUUCUGGAGGAGCGAGGGUUACGGCUACGCGCAAACUUGAGCCAUCCAGAUGAGCUGGUAUUUGUCAAGGGUGAAUAA